AUGGCCUCACGAUGGUGGCUGCGUAUCCAGGCCGUCAUUUGGCGGUUCUUGAUGCGCAUCGGCAUGUUCCUACACGACGUCACGCCGCCUCGCUGUCCCCGUCCCCAGUUCACUCGGACCGUUAAGUCCGAUGACCAUGGCCACCUCGUUACCUUACACUUCUAUUGUCCUCCCGAUUAUCAUGAGCAGCGACGACAGGGCCAUCGCUACCCGGUCGCGGUCAACUUCCACGGCGGAGGAUUCACCCUGGGUUGCGCUACUGACGAUUCUCGCUGGGCGAACGCCGUAGUUGGACACGUCGGAGCCGUCGUGUGCAGUGUAAGCUACCGACGGGCCCCGGAGCACCCCUUCCCCGCGGCUGUCGAUGACGGUGUCGAGGCACUGCUAUACCUUGCACGAAAUGCCGGAGACCUGGGUCUGGAUGUGAGUCGCGUGGCGCUGAGCGGGUUCUCAGCGGGCGGCAAUCUGGCCAUAACGGUGCCCCUUCGUCUGCAAGGCCGGAUCUCGACUGAGAUCAAGGAAAAUUUUGGUCGGGCGGAAUCAACGCAACGUUUGGUCGAUAUGACCAGCGAACUCCGUAUCGUGGCGUUGUUCUGCUGGUACCCGAUUCUCGACUUCCUCGAGUCUCGUGAUCAUCGCCGGGCGAUGAGCAUCAUGCCAAACAAGUCCAUGCCUAAAUUCUUCACCUCUCUCUUCGAUGAAUCGUACCUGCCCGACCUGAACGAUCGCUCCUCGGUCUUUGCAUCUCCCGUUCGUGCCUCCGAUCGCAUCUUGGCCGAGGCCCUGCCACGCGACGUAUGGCUCUACAUAUGUGAGUGGGACAUGUUGAUGAAGGAGGGACAAACAUUUGUGCGCCGCUUGGAGGGACUAGGCAAGCGAGUGCGAGCCAUGAUGAUUGAAAAGGCCCGUCACGGUUGGGACAAGUCCCCGAACCCCUUCCGCGACCAGGACAGCGUGGACAUCCUUUACCGCGACGCCUGUGCAGACAUGAAGGCAGUUUUUGACCAGUGA